AUGAACCAUCACAUUCUAAAAUGUGCAAAGAAGCCUAGAACCAUUGAUCCCACCCAAACUAUUCUGACAUACCCCUCUGCUGAAGGAUCUAGUUUGGGUCAUGUUAGCUCCAAAUUUGACAAGCAAGCUUGUAGAAAAGCUUUGUCAAUUUUUGUGGUUCUAGAUGAACAACCAUUUAGUGCAGUUGAGGGGGAAGGUUUUAAGUACUAUUCUAAAGUAAUGCAGUCCCAGUUUACUCUCCCAUCUAGGCGUACAGUAGCUAGAGACUGUUUUCAGCUACACUUGGAUGAGAAACAAAAACUAAAAGCCUUCUUUAAGUCUGACUGCAAUAGAGUAGCACUUACUACUGAUUGUUGGACUUCUAUCCAAAAUCAAAACUACUUAACCCUUACGGCACACUUUGUGGAUAACGAAUGGAACUAUCAAAAGAGAAUUAUAAGCUUCACAGUUAUUCCAAACCACAAGGGUGAUACGGUAGGUAGGAAGAUUGAAGAGGUGUUAAGGGAUUGGGGAAUUAGGAAUGUGUCUACCAUAACUGUUGAUAAUGCAACUUCAAAUGAUGUAGUUGUAGCAUAUUUGCAUAGAAAAAUAUCAACUAUGAAUGGGAUGAUGGGGGAUGGAAAAUGUUUUCAUAUGAGGUGCGCUGCUCACAUAUUGAAUUUGGUGGUAAAUGAGGGUUUGAAAGAUAAGCAUUUGUCUAUUACUAGUGUUAGGGAUGCUGUUAGAUUUGUCAAGUCCUCACCUCAUAGGGCAGCCAAGUUUAAAGAGUGCAUUGAAUUUGCUGGAAUAACUUGUAAAAAACUAGUAUGUCUCGAUGUUUCAACUCGUUGGAACGCGACAUAUUUGAUGCUUGAGGCUGCAGAGAAGUUUCAAGCUGCUUUUGAUAAGCUUGAGUAUGAAGAGUCGAGCUAUAGGGAGUUCUUUGGAAAAGGUAGUCCUCCUAGUAGUGAUGAUUGGGACAUUGUUAGAGCUUUCAUCUUUUUUAAAGUUAUUCUAUGA